GCGGGUGUGUGUUGUGGGUGCGCGCCGCGCGGAGGAGUGGGGCCGCUGCCAUGGCCGGGAUCCUCUUCGAGGACAUCUUUGACGUGAAGGACAUCGACCCCGAGGGGAAGAAGUUCGACCGUGUGUCCCGCCUGCAUUGUGAGAGCGAGUCCUUCAAGAUGGACCUCAUCCUGGAUGUGAACAUCCAGAUCUACCCUGUGGACCUCGGGGACAAAUUCCGCCUAGUUAUUGCCAGCACCUUGUAUGAAGAUGGCACGCUGGAUGAUGGCGAGUACAACCCCACAGAUGACAGGCCGUCCAGGGCAGACCAGUUUGAGUAUGUGAUGUACGGCAAGGUGUACAGGAUUGAGGGGGAUGAGACCUCCACGGAGGCAGCCACACGCCUCUCUGCCUACGUGUCCUAUGGGGGGCUGCUCAUGCGGCUGCAGGGAGAUGCAAACAACCUGCAUGGGUUUGAAGUGGACUCUCGAGUUUACCUGCUGAUGAAGAAGCUGGCCUUCUAGGAAAUUACCUGCUUCUGUGGGCUGCCCCAAAGAUGUUCUGCUGGCAAGCAAACAGGAACCCUGUGAUUCCAAA